UGUGUGUGCUGGAGGGGGGGACAGGCGGCUGGCAGGAGCGCUAGCCAGGCGAGCUGGCCGGAUUCACAACGCUAACGCGUAAAUGCGGCGAGACAGCUAGCGAUGUAGCGGUGUGUUUGUGUGGAGCCUGCGCUGCGUCGUUCCUUCCCUGCACAGCGUUGCAUUGGGCGGCGGGGAGCAGCUUUUUGGAAGGCAUUCAUCGCGUUGGAGCUGCAGCUCUCCGUAGCAGAAUGGGGUUUGCAUCUGUAACGGUCGUUAAGGUAAAGUGACCUUUAGCUAGCUAGCUGAUUGCGUUUUCCCAUGGAAAAUUUGCUAAAUUAUCAAGAAAGCAGCGGCGGUAUGUUGAUGCUGGAAACGCAGCAGCGCGCUCCUGUGAGCGACCCCGCCGCCGGGGAACCCCCAUCGCUGUUACUCAACACCGGCGGCGGGCGCUUCCACCCGCACAUCCCGCAGCCGUACCAUCACGCCCUGCAGCAGCACGAGCAGCAUCACCGCCGGCAGCAGCCGCGUUUUCCGGACGGGAUUAAUCAGGGAGAUUCGGCCAGCAGGGCUUCACCCUCUUCCCUAAACCCGAGUCACGACCACGCCGCCGCUGCAUGCUGGGACGGGGCGGAGAGCGAUAUCUGGAAAUGCGGGUACCUGCGGAAGCAGAAGCACGGACACAAGCGCUUCUUCGUGCUGAGGGGCCCGAGCCACGCGGGGCCCAGCCGGCUGGAGUACUACGACAGCGAGAAGAAGUUCCGAAACAGCCUCCGCGCUGCCGCUGGCGCCUCCAGCACCGCCUGCCCUCCGAAGAGAGUGAUCUACCUGUACCAGUGUUUCACUGUCAGCAAGAGGGCUGACGCCAAGUACAAAUACCUCAUCGCCCUGUACACGAAGGACGAGUACUUCGCCAUGGUGGCGGAGAGCGAGCAGGAGCAGGCGGCCUGGUACCUGGCGCUCAGCGACCUGAUGACCGAGGGCAGGAAGCCGGAUCCCGACGAGCUGGACGACGGCUACGGCACGGUCACGCCCGGCGCUGGGUUCAAGGAGGUGUGGCAGGUGCACGUGAAGCCCAAGGGGCUGGGCCAGACCAAGAACCUGACGGGCGUGUACCGGCUGUGCCUGUCGCCCCGCAGCGUCCAGCUGGUGAAGCUGAACGCCGACACGCCCUGCGUCAAGCUGCAGCUGAUGAACAUCCGCCGCUGCGGCCACUCAGAGAGCUUCUUCUUCAUGGAGGUGGGCCGGUCCGCGUCCACGGGGCCCGGCGAGCUCUGGAUGCAGGUGGACGACGCCGUGGUGGCGCAAAGCAUGCACGAGACCAUCCUGGACACCAUGAAGGCGCUGAAGGCCUUCGCCGAGUUCCGGCCACGCAGCAAGAGCCAGUCGACCGGGUCCAACCCGGCGGCCUUCAUCACCACGCGCCGUCACCAUGGCAAUCUGCCGCCCAGCCAGACAGGGCUUCAGCGGCGGCCGUGGGGGGACGGCGUGUCCGGGACUCCGCCCGGCGGCAAGGGCGGGGCCUGCCACGCCUACCGCUUCCGCACCUCCAGCGAGGGCGAGGGCACCAUGAGCCGGCCCUUCCGCUCCAUCACCGGCAGCCUGCUGCAGCUGAGCUCCGCCCGCGGCGGGGGACGGUACCCGCGUGCUCCGCCCGCCCCCGCCCCCCACACACGCUCCGCCUCCCUGCCCGUCGCAUACUUCCCCUGCAGCAGCCCGGUGAGCGUGUCGGGCAGCAGCGGGCUCGGCUCCGCCUCCGACCCGCUGACCCGCCCUUCCAGCGCCUCGCUCUGCGGCUCACCCAGCGACGGCGGCUUCGUCUCGUCUGACGAGUACGGCUCCAGCCCCUGCGAUCUGCGCUACUUACGCGUGCGCAGCGCCACGCCUGACUCGCUGGGCAACACCCCGCCCAUCCGCGAGGAGCGCCACCUCAGCGACUACAUGGCGAUGGAGCGGCGCGGCAGGGCCGAGGGCGUGUUCCCCUCCGGGCCAGCAGGGGGCAACGGCACGCCCGCCGGGCAGCAGAAGACGACCCAGACGAGCUCGCUGGAGGAGCGUGCGGCGGAGGCUGGCUCCGCAGGGGGGAGGGGGCAGCUGGCCUGCUCGUCCUCCCCCAGGCUGCGCUGCCUCCCCCUCUCUGACCCCGACGAGGGGUACACGCCGAUGAUGCCGGGCGGCUCGGAGUACAUGCCCAUGCAGCGCGGCGGGGGCCCCCCCUCCCAGCCCCCCCCGCAGGCGGACGCGCUCGGGUACAUGGUGAUGCUCCCCCCCAGCCACACCCCCCCCGUGGACCAGCUGCAGAUGGGCGAGUACAUGGAUAUGUCCCGCAGCAGCGGGGGUGUCCCGAGCCAGCUGUCCUGUGAGGCCUCCUGCGGCUCCUACUUCUCCCUGCCGCGCUCCUACAAGGCCCCCCUGCAGCACAGCGAGUACAUGCCCAUGAGCUGUCCCGCCCAGCCCGUCUGCGCAGCUGCAGACGGCAGCAGGGAGAGUCCGGCCAGCGUCUGCACAGCUGCAGACGGCAGCAGUGAGAGUCCGGCCAGCGUCUGCGCAGCUGCAGACGGCAGCAGUGAGAGUCCGGCCAGCGUCUGCGCAGCUGCAGACGGCAGCAGUGAGAGUCCGGCCAGCAUCUGCGCAGCUGCAGACGGCAGCAGUGAGAGUCCGGCCAGCGUCUGCGCAGCUGCAGACGGCAGCAGUGAGAGUCCGGCCAGCAUCUGCGCAGCUGCAGACGGCAGCAGUGAGAGUCCGGCCAGCGUCUGCGCAGAAGAGCAGCAGGCUGCGCGGCCCAGCUGUCUCUCUCUGGGCAGGCGGCGGGCGAGCAAGGCCUCUGACCCCCCCAGCCCUGGCGAGUACAUCAACAUAGCGUUCCGAGACCAGAACACCCCCUGCAACCUGGGCACGGAGGCCCCGCCCACCCCGCCAGGCUCCUCCCCCCUGCAGGAGGACUACCUGAGCCUGGCCCAGGGCGUCUCCCCUCGCCCUUCACUGGUAGCACCAUGGAACCCCCCCAGGUACACCUGUGGGGCCGCCUGUGGCUCCGCCCCCUGCGGCUCCGCCACCUGCAGCCAUGCAGGACAGAUGGAGGACUACACGGAAAUGACCUUUGGCCUGGUGGGGGGGUCACGGAGCCCCAUGGGCCAGCACUACCCCACCCUGCCCCCUCCCGCCCCAGAGAUGGAGCCCACGGUGAUUCGGGCCCCGCCUCCCAGUAGGCGGAGACACAGCUCUGAGACGUUUCCUGCCUCUGUGGGAGGAGCCACCAGCAACGGCAGCACGCCAGGCACCGCCAGUCAUUGCCUGACGGACAGCUCCAAGCGGCACAGCUCCGCCUCCUUCGACAGUGUGUGGUUGCGCACGGAGGGCGUGGCCUGUGCUGACGACGCCCGCGGCUCUGCGGGACAGGUAUGCCAAAACGCCACCGGCCUGAACUACAUCGCUCUGGACCUGAGGGAGCCCCCCCCUUCACCCACGCCCGGGCUCCCGGAGAACCGGGCCUACGCCAGCAUCGACUUCUCCACGUCCGACCCGCGGGCCACCCGCUCCACAGACUGAAGAGGGCAUGUCCUGGGAGAGGUUGGAUCUGCAUUUGGAGCUGAGUGCCCAGCUGCCGCCCCGGGCACCCCUGACGACCCCCAGGCCUGGCACAGAGGCCACUGCGGGGGUGUGCCGCUGUUUCGGCCUCUGUCUUUCGCUGGUGUUCCUCGUUUUCAUCCCAGGGCAGGUCACCGAGGCUGACUGUCAAUGUUCUCACUGCUGGCUGCCUGCUCGGGGGCAGGUGGAGAGUCAGGUGACCUAGACCCCCAUCCCCCAGGGUUUGUUCUCCUCCAAAAUCCAAACUGAUACACAACAUACACAAUACUUGUACCCCAAUACUUGGUACUUAGCUGUUACCUGAUACCUGACACCUUACACCUUCCACUUCACCUGAUAUCUUAUAGCUCACCUGAUACGCGGUACCUUACGUGGCUGCACAUAUAGAUAGAAGCACAAGCCUCAGGUACGAGAGUGACCCAAAUCGCCAUCACCAGUAUCCGUGCCCUCUUGUGAACUGUGUGUUUUACACGGUGCACCCUGGCACGGGGGGGUGGGGUGGUGUAGAAGGAUGACUCGCUGGGAGAUUUUAGGGUUUUUUGUUCCUGUCGUUUUGUAGCCUGGUGUUCUGUGUUCAUUAGGUUGGGA